GCGAUUGUAAACAUGGGAAAUCCCAGAGUUUUCUUUGACAUCGCUGUGGAUGGCGCUGACAUCGGCAGGAUCAAAAUGGAGCUCCGGGCUGAUGUGGUCCCGAAGACGGCAGAAAACUUCCGUGCUUUGUGCACUGGAGAGAAAGGUUUUGGCUACAAGGGCUCUUCGUUUCACCGUGUCAUCUCUAAAUUCAUGUGCCAGGGCGGAGACUUUACCAACCACAAUGGAACUGGAGGCAAAUCCAUCUACGGAGAGAAGUUUGCUGAUGAGAACUUCCAGUUGAAACACACAGGCAUAGGGACACUGUCGAUGGCUAACGCUGGGCCCAACACCAACGGGUCCCAGUUUUUCAUCUGCACAGCGUCAACUGACUGGCUGAACGGGAAGCACGUGGUGUUUGGCAACGUUGUGCAGGGAAUGGAUGUUGUCAAGGCGAUGGACAAGUAUGGCACAAAGAGCGGUACUCCUAAAGCCAAGGUUGUUAUUGCUGACUGUGGCCAAAUAAAUUAG